AUGUCUAAACGGAAUAAUGAGGGCGAUGUCAUCGCAAAUCGCAUAAGUCUGCUCGAGGCAAAGGGUCAGAAACUCUUGGCGUCGCUCUAUGGGUCGCGGCCGGAUUGGGGCACUGCGGAUGGUGAUGCGAAAACACAAGUUGAAGACGAUGAUCAAGAUCUGAAACAAAGUUACGCUCACGACAGAAUCGGUGUUGGCGGCAUAGUUCCUAAGGAUAUCGAAGAUGGCAGCUUUACCAGCAGAAUACGAACAUCAGACGACAAACUUCUCCAACAACUGAUUGGUAAAAAGAAAGCAAAAGCCCACAUUACUGCGAAACAAGAAGCUGCGAGACCGAAUGCAGCCUCAAAAGCUCAACAUUACAAGAAGCUUGCUGCUAAGAAAGAAGAGUCGGACGAUGACGAAGAGGGAAGGGCUGCGACAUUCAAAUCUAAGAGACAGAAGAAGAAGGUGAAGCAAGAAGCGAAGCCGUCGGACAGCGACAACGAAGAUGAAGAGACGAGAGCAAAGAGAUUGGGAGGUGCCGCUGUGAAAGAAGAGGAGGAUGUACCAAAGGAGGACGUAGCUACAGAAGCCCAGGUAGACGCGAAACCUAUCAAGAAAGAAGAGGAGGGAGAGGAGGACGCAGAAGCCACCCAACCAGCACCCAAGAAAGCGAAGACAAAAGCGAAGAGCUUCCUCGACGAGAUUCUAGCUGAGCGGUCAAAGAAGAAGAGUAAGAAAGGAAAGGCAUAG